AUUAAUCAAACACAGUUCCAUUUUUCGUCUGGUUAAAAGCUGAAAUUUACAUAGUUUUGAAGUCAUGGCGGAAUCCGAAACAGGUUAUGGUAGAUCCAGUCUUGAGGAUAUAUUCAAUAGAACACUCUUUGCUGAUGUUUUUUACAAGUUGACAUGGGGUUUGGAUAUCAGUAGAAUCGUGCUAGUAGUCUCACAUGGGGAGUUAGUAUAUACAAGUAACGCCUUUUUUUAUCAUGUCGUUAAUGGAUUUCCCCAGGCCUUAGGAUUUACUAUUUGUACUACAAAUAAUAUUGAGCUGUUUCGUAAAACCGAACUUAGCAAAUGGGUGAAAAUAAUUCAAAUUAACAGCUUCAUCGCUCACAUAACACCUUUGGCAGUGAUAAACUUGAUGAAUGCCCAUGGCAUGAUAUACUAUACACCAUAUGCUCCAGGUUAUCAAGACUUCAAUGGUCCAUAUGGCUACCAAUAUUAAAUCAAGAUUACAUGAACAACAAAUAAUAUUACUAUUAUAAACAUUAUGGAUUGUACGAUUUCAUUUUAUGGGUGGAAGGACUUAACAAAACAUUUACCAUUACAUUGCUUAUUCACAACACUACAUAUAUACUUCAAACGAACCACAGCAAAAAGAAACAAAUGAACAUUUUUUAACAGACAAGCAAUUUAAAAACCAGAGGAAAAGGAAUAACAAAGAAACUAACAAAGAAAAAUAU